UUUAGGAAACUUCCGUUACACUUUUUGUUUGUUUUGUUAUAAACACAUCCUUCUUUCAGUACAUAUAGGUUCUGAUUUUAUCACAAAAAGAGGUUUUUGUAAAUGGUUGAAACUCUCUGUGAAUUUCGACGGCUCUUGUUGAAUUCGUGGUGGGUAUGUCGCACAAGAGGGAGUUUGAAGCUGGGAAAGCUCGGGUGGAAGGUGGCUCAACCCCGGAGGAUAAGCGUAGACGAUUCAAAAGUGUGGUUCAGGAGGUAAUGAGAUUGCAAACUGUCAAACAUUUUCUCGAACCCGUUUUGGAGCCCUUAAUCCGUAAAGUGGUUAAAGAAGAAGUUGAAUUGGCUCUUGCAAAGCAUCUAACAGGCAUCAAAUGGAUUUGUGAGAAAGAUAUUCAUCCUUUGGAAUCAAGGAACCUACAGCUGAAGUUCUUGAACAAUCUAUCGCUUCCUGUGUUUACUUCAGCUCGGAUAGAAGGAGAUGAAGGUCAAGCUGUAAGAAUUGGAUUAGUAGAUUCUUCAACUGGUCAAAUCGUCUCCUCAGGUCCUGCAUCAUCUGCAAAGCUCGAGAUUUGUGUUGUUGAGGGUGAUUUUGAGAGUCAUAGCGGUUGGACAGCUGAGGAUUUCAGGAACAACAUUGUAAAAGAGAGAGAAGGAAAGAAACCUCUGCUCAGUGGAAAUGUUUUUGUGGUUCUUAGUGAUGGCAUCGGCGUUAUGGAUGAAGUUUCACUUACCGAUAACUCUAGCUGGACUAGGAGCAGGAAGUUCAGACUAGGGGUGCGAAUGGUGGAUCAAUUUGAGUUUGUCAAGGUUAGGGAGGCAAUCACUGAGUCCUUCGUCGUAAGGGAUCACCGAGGAGAAUUGUAUAGAAAGCAUCAUCCUCCUUCUCUGUUCGAUGAAGUAUGGAGAUUGGAAAAGAUAGGGAAAGAUGGAGCUUUUCACAAACGACUCAACUAUUCAAAUAUAAACACUGUGAAGGAUUUUCUAACACAUUUCCAUCUAAACUCUCCAAAACUCCGGCAAGUUCUUGGUACUGGUAUGUCUUCAAAGAUGUGGGAAAUUACUUUGGACCAUGCUCGAUCCUGUGUUCUUGAUAAUAGCGUCCAUGUGUACCAGCCUCAUGGAUUUCACAAGGAAACUGCUGUUGUCUUCAAUGUCGUAGCUCAAGUUCUUGGACUGCUCGUGGAUUUUCAGUAUGUUCCUGCUGAGAAGUUAUCCGAGACUGAAAAGGCUCAAGCUGAGGAGAUGGUUAUUGCUGCAUUGAGUCAUAUAAAUGAAGUAAUCUCGUAUGACGAUGUGUCUUCCAUGAUGAGGAACUUUCUCAAUGUCCCGUCUUCUCAAACCAGUGUUGGGAUUGAUUACUCCGGUUUGAGUCUAACCAGCAUGGACGGUUAUGGUUUUGUGCCAAACCUUCACAACACAGCAGAAGGUAGUGGCCAUGUAGACAUGGAAGUUACUCCACAAGGUUUAUACGACGACUUCAACCUCUGGAACUGCUCUCAGAUUCUUGGCUUGGAAGAACCUCAAUCCGAUUUGCAGAGUGCGCUUGACGGGUUCAUCAUGUCAGAGAAGAAUGUUGUGGUCGGCAAGGCACAUAGCAGAAGGUGGACAAAGCUUUUUAGUGUCUCGAAGUGGCUGUCUGUAUUCAAGAAUGUUACAGUUAGGAAAAAUCUGAAGUGAGUGAGUUAGUUACAAAGCAAAAAGGAAACGACUCGCCCUGGACGGAUUCGUGUGUAUAUACAGCUUUGUGAAUCUCGGGUUUAUGGUCGUCCAGAGGCGUUCCAAAGUGUUUUUUUUUCUUCUUAAUAUGUUUGCUCUUUACAUCUUUGUGUUGAAGAUGUGAAUAUGUGUUAGGGAAAGCUUCAUUUUUGUUGAAGGCUUGAAAACAGAGUCUUUUUGUGUGAUCUGUUUGUCAGAAAGUACUGCAAGUGAGUAGAGAUACACAUCCACUUUUGGACUUGGUUUCUUGCUACUUGGAUUAUUUUAUAUAUUUUGGUAUGUCAGGUUAUGUAAAACUACAUAAGUUGAAUAAUUCAUUUUCUGAAUCA